UGGUGGUAGGAGGUCGAUGUUAUAUUUUUGACGUUUCCGUCUCCGGCAGACAUAUUGCUUACUAGAGCAAAUUCUGGAGAGUUAGCAGAGGGAAAGGAUUUGAAAUAAAUUUGAAUCUUCACAGCCCGAUCUACUUUAAACAAAUAGGACACAAUGGCAGAGCCGUCAGCCAGUCCGGCCAAGGAUAACUACAGGAUGAACCGCUACAAGAACAAAGCACUGAAUCCAGAGGAGAUGAGGCGCCGAAGAGAAGAGGAGGGCAUCCAGCUCAGGAAACAGAAACGAGAACAGCAGCUCUUCAAGAGGAGAAACGUGGACGUUCUCAAUGAAGAGGAGGCCAUGUUUGAGAGUCCGCUGGUGGACUCUUACCUCACCUCCACAGUCACAGAAGGGGUUAUUACCAGAGACAUGGUGGAGAUGCUGUUCUCAGAAGACCCAGAGCUGCAGCUUGCCACAACGCAGAAGUUCAGGAAAUUACUUUCCAAAGAGCCCAACCCACCCAUCGACGAGGUCAUAAACACGGCCGGCGUCGUGGAGAGAUUUGUGGAGUUCCUGAAAAAGAGCGUCAACUGCACACUACAGUUCGAAGCGGCCUGGGCUCUGACCAACAUAGCGUCGGGAACGUCCCUGCAGACUAAGACGGUCAUCGAGGCCGGAGCCGUUCCCAUCUUCAUAGAGCUGCUUAACUCGGACUUUGAAGACGUCCAAGAACAGGCCGUGUGGGCCCUGGGGAACAUCGCGGGGGACAGCGCGGUGUGCCGGGACUUUGUGCUGAACUGUAACAUCCUUCCGCCCCUGUUGAUGCUUCUGACCAAAUCCACCAGAUUGACCAUGACUCGAAAUGCAGUGUGGGCUCUGUCUAAUCUCUGUAGAGGAAAAAACCCCCCGCCCGCUUUUGAAAAGGUUUCACCUUGCCUGCCAGUGCUGUCCAGGCUCUUAUUUAGCAGUGACCCAGACUUGCUGGCAGAUGCCUGCUGGGCUCUGUCCUACCUCUCGGAUGGCCCCAAUGACAAGAUCCAGGCUGUCAUCGACUCCGGUGUGUGCCGGCGCCUCGUGGAGCUCCUCAUGCACACCGACUAUAAGGUGGCCUCCCCGGCCCUGAGAGCCGUGGGAAACAUUGUAACCGGAGACGACAUUCAGACACAGGUGGUGUUGAACUGCUCCGCCCUGCCCUGCCUGCUGCACCUGCUCAGCAGCGCUAAAGAGUCCAUUCGCAAAGAAGCAUGCUGGACCAUCUCCAACAUCACAGCAGGCAACCGAGCACAAAUCCAGACAGUCGUUGAUGCCAACAUCUUCCCAGUGCUGAUCGACAUUCUGCAGAAAGCUGAGUUCAGGACCAGGAAAGAGGCCGCCUGGGCCAUCACCAACGCCACCUCUGGAGGAACCCCAGAGCAGAUCAGAUACCUGGUGAACCUGGGCUGUAUUAAACCCCUGUGUGAUCUGCUGACUGUGAUGGACUCCAAGAUCGUUCAGGUCGCGCUCAACGGGUUGGAAAACAUCCUGCGGUUGGGCGAGCAGGAGGCCAAGGAGGAGAACAACGGCACAGGCGUUAACCCUUACUGCAGCCUCAUCGAAGAAGCCUACGGGCUCGAUAAGAUUGAGUUCCUCCAGAGCCACGACAACCAGGAGAUCUACCAGAAGGCCUUUGACCUGAUCGAGCACUACUUCGGGGUGGAGGACGUGGACAGCAGCCUCGCUCCUCAGGUGGACCAGGCCAACCAGCAGUUCCUCUUUCCCCAGCAGGAGGCGCCCAUGGAGGGCUUCCAGCUAUAAGCCCCCACCUCCCCGCCCCCCUCCCCUCCUCUAAAACACACCACUGAUCCCCUCCGUGGCCCUCCUGCUUCGCGGAGGACCCAUAAUGCCUGAGUCAUGCCCCCCCUCCAUCACCUCAAGCACAUGCAGACCCACUGUUACGAGGAAAACUGCAACCACGUUCAGCCAAAAAUCCCCCCCCUUCUUUUCUUCGGUCUUGCCAACCUGCCAGCUGACUUGUCACAGGGUAGACUUUCUGAUUCUUUCAUUUGCCGGGCAGCGGGGGCGUGGCCCGGUGGUGGGGGCGUGGCCACCAGCCGGGCUGCACUGGCCAGAGGGGCCGAUGGUCACUCCUGCUGACCAUCGGUUGACCAUCCUCCUGCUGCCUGCUGAGAAAUCUUUGACCCCAAUCAGCUGGAACCGUGGUUUCUCUUUAAAGACCUUUAAAUUAUUUGUUUCCCAGUGGGACAUUCCUGCUUUCUGGAUUGCACAUGGACCCCCCCCCCUCCCCUCCCCCUCCCCAUGUCUUUGCAGAGGUAGUAGACGGGGGUGCACGAGGUGGAGUGUGCCCUGCUAUUGAUGUCAAUUUGACUUUGUGCAGUUCAACAAAAAUCUCUGCAAUUUUUUGUCCCCCCUUUUUAGUUGAAUAAUUCUGCUCUCCCAACCCUUAAUUAUCCGCUCUGUUUUUCCCCUUCCUCUCUAAUGGAAAGUGCUUUGGUUUUUCUACAAACAGAGCCCCCUGAUUGUUUGGCUUAUGGCUGAUAUGAAUCUGCAGUCAAGAGUCACAUUUUUCUUUUCUUUCUUUCUUUCUUUUUUGUAAUUGGAACACAUUUAUGGGGUGGAUGGGGAGGAGUAAGAAAAUGUGGGUGUAACUUAAAAAAAAAAAAGAAAGAAUGAUGCAAACUUCAGAAGGGCUCUGAAUAGGAUAUUGGUGAAGGUUUUCUAAAAUAAUCCCCCCAAAAAAGGACAAAAAAAAUCAAAAAGGGUGGAAUAGUUAGAAAUCCAGUGUUCGUCGUGUGCUGUGAUUAACAAGAAAAAAAAUUGAAAAAUGAGGUCGUCUAACUAUUGCGUAGGUUUUUUCUGGGGGGGGUUGUGUUGUGCUUAGGGAGAAGAGCCAGCAGCAGUAAACCAAACAUAUUUUUUUAUUUCUAAUCCCAUUCAAUGGAUCGCAGAUGCUAAAAGGUCAGAUACUUCUGGCAGGUGUGGAGACUUUUUUUUUAUAAGACAUGAAAUCUGAAAAGAAAGAAACUAUAGAGAAGUGUGUGGUUCCACUGGAGCGCGGGCGUAAAGCCUGCCUCUGCUGGUCACUGGGCCCUGGACUCCGCUCCCCCCCACCACGCUCACCCAGGCCACGCUAUGUUUUUGGGGUUUUUCCCUUUAAUUUAGUUGUUUUUUUCGUUGCAUGGUGUAACAUUAAGCCGCCCUGCCAGCCGCUGGGUCUCCCAGACGGACGCACGCCAACGGGAGGGGCCAGAAACAGGGCCGGCGUGUGGAGGG